AUGACUAAAACCAAAGCAGAAUUGACACCUUAUGAACAACAACGUUUAGAAAAUAUCGAACGCAAUCGUCAGCUUUUAGCCGAGUUUAACUUGCGUGAAGCGCGCGUCGCAUUACAAGAUACACCGGCUGUGUCCAAGAAUUUAGAAUCUGUCAAAAUUACAACCAAGACACGAAAAAGGAUAGAAAAACCAAAAGCGCCCAAACCCGUGCUACAGUCUCGCAAGUCCUCGCGUUUACGAGGGUUGGAUCCUGCCCCAAUUCAGAUCGAUACCGACAAUAAUAUUGAUAUCCCGAAACACGAGAAUGGCCAGUCUGUGAUACAUGGAUUGAUAGAAGAGGAACUGUGGGAUGGUAAAUUGUUAAAGGCAGACGAAUACUUUGAUGAAGAAACGCGGCAACGGGCGAUAAGAACGGACGGGCAUUUUAGCGGUUGGAUCAAUCCCGAACUAGUUGAAAAGUAUCAGUUCGAAGCAUCGGCGGCUGAUGCCUGGGAAAAGAAUGGCGGAGGUAAAUUCUCGUACAAAGAUCCAUUAGGUACCGGCAAAAAGCGAUCCGGAGGUCGGUCGAAUGCGAGAGCCGUCGCGCAAGCCAUGUUCAAAAAGAAUCCCAACAUGUACUUUUACCGCCAUAACGAACCGGGGGUUGAGCAAUGGACAGGAGAUUGGACCGAGGAAGAAAAGACCAUCUUUCUAGAGUUGGCAAGAAAACAUGGAUGUGGAGACAAGUGGGGCGUUUUCGCAAGUUAUAUUCCGCAUCGAGUUGGCUACCAAUGCAGCAAUUUCUACCGUAGUGAAUUAUUACCGUCAGGACUCAUAUUCGAUUCCAACUAUGAGUAUACCCCUUCUGGGAAACCCAUCUAUAUCGGCUCGCACCGUUCUCAUUCAUAG